AAAUAUAAAGAAAAUGGCUUGUGAUUUAUUUAUUUGGGGAUUACUAAUGUUUGGAUGCAGCAUACAAGCAUUGUUAGUUGCAUCUGAAGAUGAUCCAUUGGAAUAUAUGAGCAAAGAAGAACGGAAAGCAUUAAAGGAAGAAGCUAGAGAUAUGUUUUGUCAUGCAUACAAUGCUUAUAUGGAUAAUGCAUAUCCUGCUGAUGAAUUAAUGCCAUUAAGUUGUAAAGGAAGAUACAGAGGAUCAGAACCAAAUAGAGGUGACAUAGAUUCUACAUUGGGAAAUUUUUCUCUUACAUUGGUUGAUACCUUAGAUACACUUGUGGUAUUAGGAGAUUUGGAAGAAUUUGAACAUGCAGUUAAACUUGUUGUCAGAGAUGUUAGCUUUGAUACUGAUGUUAUUGUUUCUCUAUUUGAAACUAAUAUUAGAAUGCUUGGGGGUCUUUUAAGUGGUCAUAUAUUAGCAGAAUAUUUACAACAAAGAGCUGAUAUAAUGCCAUGGUAUAGAGGUGAACUUUUAAAUUUAGCCAAAGAUUUGGGAUAUAGAUUUUUACCUGCAUUUAAUACAACUACAGGAAUACCCUAUGGCAGAAUAAAUUUAAAAUAUGGUAUGAAAGAUGUACCUUUAGAAGUAUCACGAGAAACAUGUACUGCCUGUGCAGGUAGUAUGAUUUUAGAAAUGGCAGCAUUAUCAAGAUUAACAGGAGAACAAAUUUUUGAAGAAAAAGCACAGAAAGCAAUGGAUGUUUUAUGGAGAAUGCGUCAUCGUGGUACUGAUUUAAUGGGGUCUGUGUUAAAUGUACAUUCCGGUGAUUGGGUAAGAAGAGAUUCUGGUGUAGGAGCAGGUAUAGACUCCUACUAUGAAUAUUGUCUUAAAGCAUAUAUUUUAUUAGGUGAUGAAAAAUAUCUUGGUCGUUUUAAUAAACAUUAUCAAGCUGUAAUGAAAUAUGUAAGUCAAGGACCAAUGUUAUUGGAUGUACAUAUGCAUAGACCAAAUACAAAUUCAAAAAAUUUUAUGGAUGCUUUAUUAGCCUUUUGGCCUGGUUUGCAGGUAUUAAAAGGCGAUAUUAAACCAGCUGUAGAAACACAUGAAAUGUUAUAUCAAGUUAUGCAGAGACAUAAUUUUAUACCAGAAGCAUUUACUACUGAUUUUCAGGUACAUUGGGGACAUCAUCCAUUAAGACCAGAAUUUCUAGAAUCAACAUAUUUCUUAUAUCGUGCUACUGGUGAUCAUUAUUAUUUAGGAGUUGGGCGUAAGGUACUCAAAAGUCUACAAACUUAUGCCAGAGUACCAUGUGGUUAUGCAGCUGUAUCAGAUGUUAGAACUAAUAAGCAUGAUGAUACAAUGGAUAGCUUCGUAUUAUCAGAAACUUUUAAAUACUUAUUUCUAUUAUUUGCGGAGCCAGGCGAACUACUUUUAGAUUUGGAUGAAUUUAUUUUUACAACUGAGGGACAUCUAUUACCAUUAACACUUGCUUCUAUAAGAACUAAUAUUUCUUCGCAAGAUUUUGAACGAGAUAUUGUACAUGUGGACGAAAUGGAUCGUACUUGUCCCAACAGUCUACAUUUAUUUCCUGCAUCAGUAAGACAACCUUUAAGAAACAUGGUAGAAGAUGUAUAUCCCAGACGUGCAAUAAAAAGAAGAUUGAAUGCUGCACAAUUUCAGGCAAAUAAUUUGGAACAUUUAAAAUUAUUGAGUGACAUGGGAAUAACAACUUUAACUUUGGCAGAUGGACGUGUGCAAUUAUUGCAUACAUUCUCUAAUGCAAAAACACCACAAGAUUCAGAAGAAGGAUUAUUAUUUAUGCAAGAAAUGGUUGAAAUAAGUAAAAUGCAAUCUCAACAAUCUGAUACUAAACCACAAGCUGUUACAUUUGUAAAACCAAACACAAAUCCACCUCAAAUAAUUACAUUAUUAGCUGGACCAGCGCAAUUUGGAUUAGAAUUACAAGGAUUGAACAAAGUAACCGGAAAAGUUGUUUUUACAUUUCCAUCAACUGCAUGUACUGAUCUCCAUAAUGCAGAUAAACUAACAGGCAAAAUAGCAAUAAUGGGUCGAGGUAGUUGUAUGUUUAUUGAAAAGGCAAGACGCAUUCAACAAGCGGGUGCUGUUGCUGGAAUAGUAUUAGAUAAUAUAGAUGGUUCUAGCGCCGCAACUUCACCUAUAUUUGCAAUGUCAGGAGAUGGAAAAGAAGUAGAUGAUGUAGCUAUUCCAGUUGUAUUUUUGUUCAGUAUGGAGGCUUCUGAAUUAUUAAAAGCAAUUACCAUGGCAAAUGGUGAUCUUACAGUUACUCUUGGAAAUUUUUUUUCAAAAGAAGAUGCUCAAUUGAAAGCACCUACUGAUUUAUCAAUGUUUGAACGAUUAAAGGGAUCAUUAAAAUCUUUUCUUACGCGACAAAUGACACCACAGACAUCUCCAAGCAGUGGGACAAAUUUGGACAUGGUUCCUGUGAUUAGGCAUGAAGAAGAUGAAAAGGACAUAAUCUUUUUUUACAAUCUACGCGCUGAAAUUAUCAAAGAUCCACUUGGCGGGGAAGUAAGAAUUACGUCGUCUUACAUAUCUGUUCCACUCACGAAAGAAUCAGAGGACAACACAUUAAUAGAAAAACAAUGGCGACAGAUGAAAGAAUUUUUUGUUAAUCAUAUAUACUUGGAUGUUAAGCAAAAGACAAGCUUACAAAUCAGAAGUUUUAUAUUAGAAAGUUAUUACAAUUGGAUAGUAAAGUCACGAAAUGGGGAUAAUAAAAUACUAAAAAUAUCUUUACGAGAUAAAGUUGCGUGGUUUUUAGAAGAAUUAGCUGUAGUCGUACCAAAUCCGUCCAUUAUGAAAAUGGACCAAUUAAUGGAUAUUAAUAAGCAAAAAUUAUUAAAACAAUAUUUAUUAACAAAAAUGGAUAUUAUGGUUUUAAAUAUGAAAACAGUCACAACAAUGCUAAAAACAAUACGGUCUGAAAAUCCAAAUACUGAACAAUUGUUCAAAAUUUUCGAAUUUAAUAUCGCGCAAGCUAGUAAUUAUAAGUUUUUAAAACAAUUAUUACCAGGUAUUUUUGACAUGGAAGAUGAAAUUAUAAGUGAACAUCUUGCUCUAUUAGAUCGUGUUCAUAAGAAAUAUCGUGAAAUAUUAACUGAUGGAGCAGAAGAAAAUUUAGAAAAAUCAAUAAUAGAUAAAAAUUUCUAUUAUGAUAUGAUAAUUGAUAAUUGGCAGAAUGAUUUGAAAAAUUUUGAAAAAUUGGAUGUAUUAAAGAAAAUUAAAGGUCAAGAUUCUACAAUUAUAGAUUUUAUGAUAGAUAAUGAAAGUAGUAAAACAGAAAUAAAAUCUAAAGACAUUUCUAAAAUGUCUAAAAACAAUGAUGAUCUUAAAGUGGGAAAAUUUGAAGAUUUUGAAUAUUUUAUAUUAACAGAAAUAGAAAAAGCUAUGAAAAAUUCGGAACAAAAUAAUAUUCGAAAAUAUAAAGAACAUAUUGAAAUUUCAAGAGAUGUAACAGAUAACAUAAGUAAAGAAGCUGGUAAUUCAAAUAAAGUAGUUUUAAAUGUUUCUUCUCAAAAUCAAAGUAAAACUGAUACAUUAAAAAAUAGAAUAAAAUAUCAAAUUGAAUUUAUAAAAAAUAAAAUUAAAGAUCUUACAAAAAAUAUAGAUUCUUUAGCAGAUUUUACCAAAAUUACAAAUUCUCUAGAAAAUGUACAAUCAAAUAAUAUUGAAUUUCAAGAAACAAUUACUAAUAAUAACAGUGCUGAUGAACAAAUACAUAAAGAAUCCUUAUUAUCUGACAAUGAUUUUCAAGAAAAAAAUGCACAAAUAAAUACAAACAGUAGAACAAUAGACAAAGAUAAAAAUAAUUUAUACCAAAAAAUUGGAAAAGAAAUAGUUAAUUUACAAUAUAAUCAGGAAAAUAAUCCAAAUUCUGUUGAUAAUUCUAUUCAUUUAAAUAAAAAUAAUUAUAAAAUUAUAUCCUCUAAACUGCCUAAAGAAUAUAAAAAUCAUAUAUCGACUUCUAAAGAAGAAGAUAAAGACUUUAUUAAUGUUCCAAAAAAAUUAGAAACUAUUAAUACAAAUUAUAAUUCUAUAGAUAAAAAUAAACUACAACAUAAUGAAAAACAUAUAAAUGAAUUUACAAAUAAGAAAGUUAAUGUACAGAAACACAAAAGCAAACAUAUCGAUGAUGAAUUAUAAUGAAAGUUUUUAAGUUUUAAAAUAUUAAUAUUGAAUAUUAAAUAAAAAGUUAAGUGCAAAUUUCUAAAUACAACAAGUUUUGGCAAUUCUAAUUACACUGCAUCUAAUAUUUUUGCAUUAAAUUUAAACAUAUGCAGUGAACUUUAAUUUUAUACACAUAAAAUUUAAUUUAGAAAAAUAUUAAUUAUCAAAUAAAAGAAAGUGAUACAAAUGACUAGAACAAUACUUUAAGUCUAUAGAACUGGUGCUUAUAAAAGAAUUUAAUUUUACUUUUUAUUCAAAUAAAUUAAUAAAAUUAUAAAAAAGCCAUAUAAUACAUAACAGUUUGCACAAAACAUUUAUCCUAAUGAGGUUGUGACAGAAUAUUCAGUUAAAAUUCUAAUGAAUGUAAAUUUUAUAUGUACAAUUUAAACAUAUAUUUCUUGUGCACAUUACAGUAUAAUGUGACAGCAUAUUUCUUUAGAUAAAGAAUUUUUAAUUACUAUUAUACAUAUUUAGAAUUUUAUUUCUUUAUGUUUCUGUGCUUCAAAUAUGUGCCAUGAUCGACAAUAUAAAUUAAUAUUUCAAAUAAUGAAUAUUAUGCUCUUCAUUUACAGUAUAAUUUUAACUUUUAUUUUAAAAAAAUAUAAAUGAUAAUUAUUAUGAUUAAAUAGUUUCAAACUAUAAAUAUAAUUGUAUAAAACUGAUGUUCUUUAAAUACAAUAGUAGUAUAUUAACUUUAUUAAAAUAUGUGUUAUAUUUUAUUAAAGAAACAAAUGUAUAAAUUAUUGAUACAAUUUUAAAAAAAUUUUUUCUUUAUAAUAAUUUUAUUAUUAUAAUUGUAAUAAUUUUG